AUGGGAAAGUUCUCAAAGAUCAAGAAGGUUCAACAGGAGGAGCAGGAGACGGCUCAGGAAAAAAUGGAGUGGGAGGCGGCUGGUGCCAAGGAUUCCAGUGAUGAUUCGUCGGAUGAGUCGGUAAGAGAAUCUGAAAAUCUAGGAUUUGUAAACUUAAAAUUGCUGAAAAUCCACCAAAAUGACGACGACACUCACCCAACCACGGAACAAUCAGAAGUGACCGGUCGUCGCGCUGAGCUGUGGACGAAUCGCGAACGCGUCCUAGUCCUAUGCUCCCGUGGUGCCGACGUCCGUACUCGAUUCCUAAUGAAAGACAUCAAAGAUCUCCUUCCACAUGCCAAAGGAGACUCGAAACUGGAUCAACAAAAGUCCCUAAAGGCCCUGAAUGAGAUCGCUGAAAUGAAGAAUUGCACGAAAGUGAUGUAUUUCGAGAGUCGGAAACGAAAAGAUACGUAUUUGUGGAUGUCGAAUGUCGAGAAGGGUCCAUCGAUCAAGUUCUUGGUGCACAAUGUGCAUACGAUGAAGGAGUUGAAGAUGUCUGGAAACUGUUUGAAGGCGUCCCGACCGAUUCUCUCGUUUGACGAUGCUUUUGAUAAGAAACCGCAGUUGAAGUUGAUCAAGGCAGUGCUUAUGCAGACUCUCGGCACGCCACACCACCAUCCACGCAGUCAACCGUUCGUCGAUCACGUCUUCAACUUCUCCGUCGGCGAGGGCGACAAAAUCUGGUUCCGCAACUUCCAGAUCGUCGAUGAGAGUCUGCAGUUGCAGGAAGUUGGACCCCGUUUCGUUCUGGAAAUGGUCCGUUUGUUCGCCGGCUCGUUCGAAGGAGCCGUUCUCUACGACAACCCGAACUACAUCUCGCCAAAUGUGAUGCGUCGUGAGCACCGUAAGGGACAGAACGCCUACAUCGAGAAGCAGUUGGCUGUGAAGGCGUCGAACGUGAAGCAGGCGAAAGUUAGCGAGAUUCUCGCUGAGAAAACUGUCGAUUUGGUUGGAAAGGAAUUCGACACUCAAAUCCCAAUUGCCGACGAAUCGGAAGCCGCUGCUCAGAUCUCGGCGCAAAUCGAGAAGCGUCGUGUUCGCAAGAAGAAGUCCCGAGACACCAAGUACACUGGAUCCAAUGAAUAA